UCUCGCUCUCUCUCUCUUUCUCUCUCCCCAUCCCUUUCGUGUCGCCCCCAACCCGAACCAGCAGCGCACGGAACCCCAGCGAAACCCACCGCUUCCUCGUUUACCGGCGCCUCUCCGGUCUCCCCUUCCCUCGUCGCCGCGACCCAAGCAGCAGCAGCAGCAGACGCGACCCCUCUUCCCUCCCCUGUCAUCCGAAGCCUACUCGCUGCCUGAGCUAGCUGGACCGGGACCGGCAGGUGGGGUUUGGUACCAAAGGAAGAGGGGAGGGGAGGACUGUGUAGUUUCGGGGUGCUCGUGCAGGUGGAGCUUCUCGGUACGGCGACGAGAAAAAGGUUGCUUUUUUGAUGGAUCUUAUGCGGCGCAAUCGCACUGCGGGGAGUUUUCUAUGGAGCGGAGGUCGCCUUUAAGCUAUAAAGGGAGGGUGGCGGAAAGGUGGAAGCUUUCUUGCCCAUAAAGGGAGAGAGCGGCUGGGGACGGAGCGAGAAAGGAGCUUUCCUGCUCGAGCAUCUCAGAUCGGAAGAGUGGCUCUUGGAACAGACCGCCCCAGAUGAAGGUUCCCACGGCCUGCGGAUUCGCGGGGACUCCAGUGGAAGCAGGAGAAAAGAAAAGAAUUGAUUCUGAGCUAUGGCAUGCUUGUGCUGGACCACUGGUAUCUUUGCCACCAGUCGGCAGCCUAGUGGUCUACUUCCCUCAGGGCCACAGUGAACAGGUCGCAGCCACGAUGCAGAAGGAGAUUGAUGGCAUUCCAAAUUAUCCCUCGCUGCCAUCCAAGCUGAUUUGUGUGCUUCUUGAUGUCACCAUGCAUGCUGAUGCUGAAACAGAUGAGGUUUAUGCUCAAAUGACUCUUCAACCUGUCAACAAAUAUGAUAGAGAAGCAAUGCUGGCAUCUGAAAUAGGCCUCAAACAGAACAAGCAACCAGCUGAGUUCUUUUGCAAAACACUUACAGCGAGUGAUACAAGUACCCAUGGUGGAUUUUCAGUACCCCGCCGUGCUGCUGAAAAGAUAUUUCCAGCUCUAGAUUUCACAAUGCAACCGCCAGCUCAAGAAUUGGUGGCCAAGGAUUUGCAUGACGUCUCAUGGACAUUUCGACACAUAUAUCGUGGUCAACCGAAAAGGCAUUUACUGACAACAGGAUGGAGUGUGUUUGUUAGCACAAAAAGACUUUCUGCUGGUGACUCCGUUCUCUUUAUACGAGAUGAGAAGUCACAGCUUUUAUUGGGUAUAAGGCGUGCAAAUAGACAACAGCAUGCUCUAUCAUCUUCUGUCUUAUCUAGUGACAGCAUGCACAUUGGAAUCCUAGCUGCUGCUGCUCAUGCUGCUACCAAUAAUAGCCCAUUUACUAUUUUUUACAACCCAAGGGCGAGCCGCUCAGAAUUUGUUAUACCAUUGGCUAAGUACAACAAGGCAAUAUAUACCCAGGUGUCUCUUGGCAUGCGAUUCAGGAUGAUGUUUGAGACUGAGGACUCUGGAGUCCGUAGAUAUAUGGGCACUAUUACAGGCAUCAGUGAUUUAGAUCCUGUGCGAUGGAAAAACUCACAGUGGCGCAAUCUCCAGGUUGGAUGGGAUGAAUCAACAGCGACUGAGAGACGGACCCGAGUGUCGAUAUGGGAAAUUGAACCUGUGGUGACUCCUUUCUAUAUGUGUCCACCCCCAUACUUGAGGCCCAAUUUUGCAACAUCGCCAGGAGUCCCAGAUGAGUAUGAAGUUGGAAAUGGUUUGCAUAGGGUGAUGCCAUGGCUGAAUGAUGACUUUAGCUUAAAAGACAGUCAGAGUGCAAUCUUUCCAGGAUUAAGCCUGGUUCAGUGGAUGGCUGUGCAACAAAAUCGUCAUCUAAUGGCAUCAGCUACCCAACCAGCGUGCUUUUCUCCAAUGGUUGCAUCAGCUACACAGGAUGGUGUAGUCACAGAAGAUCCAACUAAAAUGCUAAGUUUUCAAACACCUGCUGCAUCUGGGCCAAGUUUUAAUUCCAAGUCAAGUCCUCAAGCACAACUGAAUCAAACUUUGCAACUGCCUCAUCAACUGCAGCAGCAACCACACUUGCUGACACAAUCUUCCGUUUCUAUGCAACAUCAGCUGCAAUCAUCACCACUGCAACAAAAAUCUAUCAAUCUGCAGCAGCAACAAUUUCAACAACCAGGGCAGCUACAACAGUCUCAACCUCAGCAACUUAGACCUGUUGCUAAUCAAGAAGCCACAGACCAGCAGCUUAUGCAACAACAGACAUGCAAUGGACAGAUUGGACUUCAAACUCAUUCAUCAAGUCAAUAUUUGCAGCCAUCUCAUCUACAACCGCAAGGAUUGCAGGGCUCUUGUCUCUCAAGUAUGGGCUCUCUCAGUCAGUCUCCGUUGCCUCAGAUAUUGCCAGUUCAACAACCAUUAGAAUGCCAACGUUCUCUCUUGCAGAAGCAGCAAGACCAAUUGCAGCAUAUGAUGCAGCCACAGAUUCAGAUGCAGAUGUUGCAAAAGCUUCAGCAGCAACAGCUACUCUCUCAGCUCAGUCCACCAUUGCAAUCUCAAUUAUCGCAGCAACUGACCCAGCAAAAUCAACACUUCCAAGAUUUCCAACAGCAGCUCGAUGGCUCCAAUCUUUUACCGCUUCAAUCAGAUCAACUGCAUCAAGCACACAAAAGCAGUGCCCUGGAUAGCCAAAAGUCUCCUCUGCUUCUCAGAACUCAGUCUUCACUCAGUGGGACCAAUGUUCCAUGUUCAUCAAACUUUCCUUCAACUAACAGUAACAUUGAUUCAUUGAGCUUACACAGUAAGGUCCAGCAAGGACAAAAGGUUUUGGUUGAAGAAACAGUUGCACCAGUUUUGGAUAAUAUGCUUCCGGAACUUCAAGGAAAGACACAACUGAUGGCCAAGCAUGAGCAGUUCAACAUAAAAGAAUCCAUGCAGAUGCCCAAUCAGCUGGCUGUAACUGAUCAGUUAGAUGCUUCUUCUACAACUUCUUUUUGUUUAGAAGGUAGUGGGCAUGAUGGUGUAUCAUUGCCCUCUCAUUGUCUGGAUGGUAAUGGUCAAGAUCACAGGGACAAUUUUCUUCUUGGAACAAUGCCAGAUACCCUGCUCUCAAGAGGCUUGGGCACAAGAAAAGAUAUACAGAACCUGGUUUCUGGAUAUGGCCAGCAGAAAGACAUUGAUACGGAGUUAUCCACUGCAGAUAUAAGUUCCCAAUCAUUUGGUGUGCCAGACAUGUCCUUCAAACCUGGGUGUUCAACUGAUGUUGUGGUCACCGAGGGUGUCCUUAAUAGGGGAGUGUGGGCUAACCAACCACCACCACCACCACGAAUGCGAACAUACACUAAGGUUCAAAAGCGUGGUUCUGUUGGAAGGUGUAUUGAUGUGACCCGUUACAAGGGUUAUGACGACCUUCGACGUGAUCUUGCACGUAUGUUUGGGAUUGAAGGGCAACUAGAAGAUACAUACAGAACCGAUUGGAAGUUGGUCUAUGUGGAUCAUGAAAAUGAUAUCUUACUUGUUGGUGAUGAUCCUUGGGAGGAAUUUGUUAGCUGUGUUCAGAGCAUUAAGAUACUAUCGGCAGCGGAAGUCCAGCAGAUGAGUUUGGAUGGUAACCUGACAAGUUUGUCAGUGCGAACGGAAGCUUGUAGUGGGUCCAACAGUGGCAAUCCCUGGAGAGGCCAAUUUGAUGAUGCCUCAUUUGCAUCCUUUCAUCACUAAUCCACUUCAGUAAAAAUAAUCAUCGUUACAUAUGAUCUACGAGGUUGGUUAUGAACGGGUUGGGUAAUCUACAGUCACUUCAAGAGAAGUUUCGAUGAAAAGACCAGGCAAAUGUUUUCUCUGCAGAGACCUUGCUACAGUUUGUUCGACACCCACUGCAAUACCUUGGUGCAGUUCUCUAAGCUUCAAUUUUUCUCGUCAGAUAUGUGAUCCUUGCAACCAUGCAUUGCCGUGUCACAUGUACAUAAAUGCUUGUAUGAUGUUGUCAAAAAAAUAAUACAUGCAUUUGCCUAGCAUGCAGCUUGAAGCAGAGUUUUGCAGCAAAAUGACAUUUAGCUAUAGGAAAUACUAGUGUAUCAUUUGAUUACAGAACUUAUUGGUACUAUAUACAUGUAUGUAAGCUUGAAUAGGUGUAUCAUUUUGUGUAAGUGAGACAUUUUUAUCUGUGUA